GAGUUUGGUUGUUCAUCGCGUAUAUUCACACAUCGCAGUGAUGGCGGCGUAGCAAUAAGUGAAGAGUGUUUUAACUAUAAAAGUUUCGUGGACUUUAUUGUGCACUGAAAAGAUCCGAAAUUUUGUGGCAACCAAACGAAGCAAGGCUUUUCAAUCGGGAAUCGGGUCUUCUUGCUUCUAGAGCAUUUGAAGUUGUUAUAUCGGAAUUGCUCCAAGUUCCACUAUCUGAUUUAGGAAAGCUAGAAAAUUUUCCUGAUCAGCCCUUCCUCCGUUCCUUCACUACUUUUACAUAUACAGUAGAGUGAAAAGGAGACGAAAAGGGGCUGCUGCAAUUUUUGUUGAACCCAUUUUCUGCUUCCUCAAUUCUACUCAAUUUUUGAUAAGGUGGAGUAGUUAAGUGUUGUGAAGAAUUAGCUUUGCAACACGAAAAUUCUGAACAAAAAUAUUUGAUUCCCGUGGCAAGGCCACCACACGGGAAAGUAUCAACCGGGCCUUAGCAGAAAAGAAACGGGAACUUUCAAUUGUGUGCAUUAAAUGGUAAUGCAUGCCAGGAAACCGCAGCGUUUACUGAAUGAUGGAUACCACCAAUCCCAUCAAUACCAGAACUCCAAGUACAGCUCCUCCAAAAGGGACUACGAACGAGAGGCUAGUCGAUCAGGCUAUGGGCGCGACCGGGAUAAUUCUCCGGCAGGAGGCUCGAUGAACAAUGGCAACUAUAAAUCUAUUUCACCCGACCUGGACUCACCUAGGGAUCGUGAUCGGGAUCGAGAUCGUGACCGGGAACGAGACAGGGAUCGGGAUCGAGGCGGCGGUGAUCGGUAUCAGUACGGGAUGAGUAAAUUACGAGACAAAGAUCGUGAUCGGGACUAUAAAAAGGAUAAAUAUUCAGAUUCUCUUCGAUCGCCAAAAGACAAACGCAGUCGCGGAGAUCGUGAGUCAGAUCAUCGGUCAAAUCAUGACCGACGCUUGAAACUAUCCGUGUCAGAGAAACGUGGUGGCUCCAGCUCAAACUCGGAUGAUCGUGAGCGGGACCGAGAACGUGAACGAAGUGAACGAGAGCGUGAGAGGGAACGUGAUCGGGAUCGCCUAAGAGAUCGUGAGCGAGACCGUGGUGGUGUAGGAGGUGGUGUUGGAGGAAAUAGUGGUGGUGGUGGUGGUGGAGGUAGUGGCGGUAGUGGUAGUGGCAGCAAUGUAGGUGUUAGUGGCACAGGUGGAACUAACAGUGGUGUAGGCGGCGACCGAGUUAAUCGCGUCGGUGACUGGAGUGAACAUGUAAGCUCGUCUGGAAAAAAGUAUUACUACAACUGCAAAACCGAGGUAUCCCAAUGGGAAAAACCAAGGGAAUGGGUCGAAAAAGAAAGUCGGAUGAUAUCGAAAGAACAGCAUCGUGAAUAUAGGGAUAAAGAUCGUGACAGAGAUCGGGAGCGAAAUGACCGGGAUCGCGAAGAUCGGUACUCGUCUUCAGCCAACAGCCGAUCGGCGGUGUAUGGCAAGCAUUCCAGCAGUAAAAGUAGCUCCUCAAGGACACGGUGGCCGGCGCAUGAAUCCCACAGAAGGAGACAUGAUGAUAAUCAAGACAUGGACAUCAGUCCAGGCGAUUCGACACCAACUUCAGAAGCAAACUAUUCGCAUUCUAGUACUCCGACAAACCAGCAAGGACAUGGCGCUAACAAUAGCGCUGCUGGCAAUAAUGAUGGCAAUGCUGGAGGAGCUGGUCUGAUGGCUAAUCAGCUACCCCGUUUACUAUCGAAUCCUAUGGCCACCCAGAGUGGAAUAGCUAUGCCAGCGCACUCCCAGCAUCAGCCACAAUCACAAUCCACAACAUCUGCCUACCCGACACCGGCGUCAACUUCGUCUCCAUCCGUACUGCAGCAGCAACAACAUCAUCAACAACAACAACAGCAGCAGCAACAGCACAUGCUGAGUUCAAGUGGCGAUAUGAUGCUUAGUUCGAAUACCCCUGGUCCACCGGGAUCCCAACAUCAUCAUCUGCAGCAGAAUCAACAGCAUCCACAACAGCAACAGUUAGGUCAUUCUCCACAUUCAUCAAGUGUACCUGGCUCUGCUUCCAGCGUGUCGUCGUUAGCUGGAUUGCCAAAAAUUCUGUCGCAGAUUACCGGCAAUAAAACGAUAGAGCACAAUGAGCUAAACCCUCAGAAGGCGCUGCAAACUAUCAACAAUGCUUUGCUGAUGCAGUCGAGGCAACAGAAUCCAAACGGAACAGCCGUUGGAUCUUCGGUUGAUGGUAGCAUCGGAUCAAACAGUUUACGAGAACAUGCACUGAACUCACCUCUGUACAACGUUUCUAACUUGUCGCAUCCCUCAACCCCUAUGACAACCGGCUGCAGCGGGUUGCUGAAUCACAGCAACCAUCAGUCCAACAAUCUGAACUCGUCGAACUCGAUGGCGAAUCUGAGCGGUGGUAGCAACAGCAGUCAACUACUUAGUGGCGAUGGUCCCCCGACCCCUACUCAAGAGAUGGACCUUGUACUACCGGAUCAUAGGAAGUUGGAAGGAACGAGCACGACCACGACAAGUACCGUCAGCAGUCUGCAGGGUGUGAUGACCUCGUCCCAAAGUGGCCGAUCUCAGGGACCGAAUCUAACUCCCAGUUUAGCAAAGUACUUCCGCGCUGAUCUGAUAUCCCACGUGACGGGAUGGCCGUCGGAGAUACUGGAGAAAACGAUUCAAAAGCUGUCGGAAGAAGCUCACAUUUUGGGUGAUCUACAGUGCAGCAAAGUAUCGGCAGAUUUAAAAUGUGCUAGGAGUUUAGUUAGAAUAACGGAAAUCACUGCAACACUGCAAGAGCAAAAAAUUAUGUAUCUACGACAACAAAUUCGUAGAUUAGAGGAGCUGAAAUCGCAAAACUCUUUUAUGUCGUCUGAUGAUCUAUAGCGCUAUUAAAUAAAAAGUUAAAUUUAUACUAAAACAUAAAAAAAACUAAAAAAAAUCAUCCUUUCUUUUUAAAGGAAGAUCGAGACGAACUAAUGUAACGCUACCUAUUGCAUGCCUUACACUGCUGCAUUAUGGAAAAUGCGUCAAACAAGGUUAAGAACAACCAUGUAUAAAUUUUCUGAAAACCACUGUUCGAAAAUGCAAGAAUGAAGCUGAAUCAUUUACACUAAAAUACACACAAAUAUCUACGAAGAGAAAAUCGACUCUUUGAUAAUAGUAUGAUCGCAAAACCGUCGGGCAAAGGAGGGCAGUCCAAGGCAGUAGAACUGGUAUGAAUCAUCAAAUAUAUGAUUUUUAAACUGUUACUAUUAUUACAUAUAUUUAUGCAAAACGAAUGGGCAAAGUUUUUUAGUUUUGUGAAAAGCAAUUAAUCAUAUUGUUCGUUUUCAUGUUCUCUGCAAAAAGAAUCACCAGCACACCUAGCCUAUUUCCCCAAACUGUUCUGCAUUAAUCCUUCCUUUCGACCCCAAAACGGAUUUACAACAUUCUUUCGCGAACUGUUUAGAAGGAAAAAAAUGAGAGUAGUUGCAACAGAUAAGUUGAAAACUGAUACAUAGAUUCACUUUCUAGAGAAAACGAAACAAAAUGCUAAAAAGUAGUCUAAUAUUCAUGUAUAUUUCAUUAAACUAUAAGUUAUCAUUAAGGCAGAGUAAAGCGUAAAUUCAAUAAAUUAGUAAAAAGUUUUCGAACUAAAUAAAAUGAAUAAAACUUCACACUAAAAGAAACUGACACACGUUCGACCCGUCGUUGCAACAGAAACUCAGCCCUCUACCAUUUUGAAAGUGAAGUACAUUUUUUGAAUAACCUAAACAGUAAAUACAUACAGACAAAUAUCGGGAAAAUAAUAUAGCAAAACAUAACAACUCAACAAAGUAAGUACUGCAAUUAAAUCAACAAUAGUUUCUUUUGUUGAAAGCGACAUCCGCUCUGCGAAAAUAACGUAGCUUGGAUGCAGGCUAGCGAAAGACAAAGUAAAGUAAAUCUGGAUUAUCUCGUCAACAAGCGGAAAAAUGGAGAAUAAGUCAUAGGUAAAAUAGUGAAGUUUAGUAAUAUGAAAUAAUACAACAAAAUAUAUUUAAAUCAAAUACAGAAAA